GAUUUCCAAUAUUUUCUAUGAUAAAACCAUGUAUUUAAACGUUGUGGGUUGAUUUUGUGACAUACAACAUUUGGUGACGUUUAACAUGUUCGCAAAUAAAGUGGUACUAGUGACGGGUGGUAGCUCCGGUAUCGGCGCAGCUACGGUGGAGGCAUUCGCUAAGGAGGGCGCUUCUGUGGCCUUCGUGGGAAGAAACGAAGCCAAGCUGAAGGAAGUAGCGAGCCGCUGCCAGCAGCACGGAGCCAACGUCCUGGUCAUCAGAGCAGAUGUCUCCAAAGACGAGGAAGCGAACACCAUCGUACAACAAACUGUCGACAAAUUCGGUAAACUAGAUGUACUCGUCAACAACGCUGGUAUUCUACGUCACGCAACUGUUCUAGACCCAAAUUUAAUAGAUAAUUUUGAUGAAAUUAUGAAGACUAAUCUGCGACCAGUAGUUCUCAUUACCAGUCUGGCUAUACCACACUUGAUUGCUUCUAAAGGCAACAUAGUGAAUGUAUCCAGUGUUUUGUCAACAUGGAUCAAGUUGCCUGGUAUGAUCUCGUAUAGUAUGUCGAAAGCAGCGAUGGACCACUUCACAAGAGGUGCUGCAACUGAGCUUGCUUCUCAUGGAGUGCGAGUGAAUUCAGUAAACCCUGGACCAGUAACCACUGAUAUAAGGGAGACUUCAAACAUGCCUACAGAAUUGUCUGAAGAUAAUAUUAUAGAGAAGACUACAGCUUUGGGGAAAGCUGCCGAUUCUGAAGAGGUUGCUGAUAUUAUUCUGUAUCUAGCCAGUGAGAAGGCUAGGAGUGUCACAGGGUCCUGUUAUGUUAUGGAUAAUGGUAUGUAUUUGAAAUAGUGUACUUUCCUAGUGUUUAUUUAAGAA